GUAUGACUCACGCAGUAUAUUAAGCCCUGCUGAUUUUAGUUUAGUAUCACAAUCCAGGACAACUAAUCUACAGUACUUACCUGUUCAUCACGAUGAAGCUGAUCCUUUCUCUGACUCUCAUCUGGGAACUCUUCAGCACAGCUGGAGCACUUCAGUGUCAAACUUGCACAAAUCAGCAGUGUUUAACCACGGUACCACUAACAUGUUCCUCAGAGACUGCGUGCGUAACAGCUUCCAUUCAAGCCAAUAUCUCUGGCUCUUCAAUACAGCAACUCUACAAGGCGUGUGCACCGUCCUCCCUGUGUCCAGCCCCAGGUUCUCAGACAUUUUCAGGCAACGUUGGUUUUGCAAAUUCAGUUGUAUCUGCUAAGUGCUGCAACACAGAUAACUGCAACACUGACAUUCUACCUUUCCCUGCGGCUCAGACAAAUAACAGCCUUGAGUGUUUCACCUGUGACCUUUUCACCUCUAAUUGCACCUCUUCAGUACAAUGUAAAGGAGUGGAGGACUCCUGCUUUCAAGCAACAUUGACGAUUGAGUCCACCACUUUUCUAGCCUUUGGCUGCACUUCUGCAAACGUGUGUGCAGCUGCCAGCCAGGGUAGCAUACCUUUCUUGCAAAGUGCCAAUACCACUGGAUCAUCCUGUUGUGGGAGCAGUUUGUGUAAUACUGUCAAAACUACCAGUGGAGCUGGCUGCCGUAUCAAACUGGGUAUGAUCCAUCUGCUGCUUGGACUCCUUAUGUUUACCCUCUGUUAGAAUCCAGAAACAGCUGUGCCUAUGCACCUAGGAAGCCACCAGAAGGACCUUUUAAAGACUGGCUUUGGGUUUACUGCUCACUGACAUCUUUAGUUGGUAUGUACAGGGGCUAAAUCCAAAUGUAGGAAAAAGGGAAUGGAGUCUAGGUAGAUACACAUAAAUGGGGACAAGGGAACACUAUAUUUUACACUACAAUUAUCCAAAAAGGUCUGGUUUUUAAAUAAUGAGGAUUGUCAGAGCCGUGCAGUUACCUGAAAAUAAAGCCCACUAUUGCUAUUGACCAUGUA